AUGGAUUCUGUAUUAUUUGGCCUGACUCGAGACGAGUUUGAAAAUUCAGCAUUCAUCUACGCUAAGAAAAAUAAUUUGAACUACCCGAAAAAUUGGGACAAGUACGAAAAAGCUGGAGAUGACUGGCUAUCGUCGUUUUUGUCACGUCACAAUCAAAUUUCCCUCAGGACUCCAGAAGCAACAUCGGUUGCAAGGGCGAAAGGAUUCAAUAGACGUGAAGUUGGACGAUUUUAUGAAAAUCUUGAAGCUUUGACUGUGAAAUACGAUAUUGAUGCCUCUAGAUUAUACAACAUGGAUGAGACUGAUAUAUCAAACACUACUAAUAAGUCACCUAAAGUGAUAUCAAUAAGAGGAAAGAAACAGGUGGGCAUAAUUGCUAGUGCAGAACGUGGUCAAUUAACGACGGUCAUUGGUUGUUGUAAUGCUGCUGGUUCGUUUCUACCUCUAUUUUUAAUUUUUGCCAGGAAAAAUAUGCAGCCCAGAUUACUUGAUGGUGCGCCUCCUGGCACUCAAGGAAUCUGUACUGCAAAUGAUUGA